AUGGAUAACGACUACUUUUCGAUUGAUGCUAUUCUAGCUGAAAAUCAGAAAAUACAAUGUACCUUCAAAGUCGACAUCCCUGACAUGGGUCACCUCGCAGGUGGAUCUGACCGUGACAUCAAAUCAUUGACGAAGGCUCCAAUACCGAUCUGGCUGGCCUAUAUCAUGUUGUUCUCUGACUGGGCUGACUUCACUAUCCCUUCACCCUUUGGCACACGAGUAAGAAACGCGCUCAAUGCUGAGCCUCGGAGCGUAAAGCUAUCCAACUUGGUUGGUGCAGGUGGACUAUGGUACGGUUUUGGAAAGAUGGUCAUGGAUAUUUUGAGUGAAGAACAGGCAAAUGGUAUGUCAGAGGUGCUAACAAAGGCCUUCAAGGGGCGGUUGCUGGAGGUGAUUGAUCAAGCGCAGCAUUUCGCGGCGCUUGGCCCUGCGGGAGGAGGAGGACCUUCUACCGAUACUGCACAGUCAUUCAGAGAAGGGCUUGAUUGUACAGAAAGAGAAUUAUUUGCGCUGGCUCAAGAAAGCGCAAAACGAAUAAAACGUUGGCAUGAAGGAAAUGACAAAGCACGUCGAUGA